GAGACUCAGUGAGACGGGUCAGGAGAAAAGGGAGGAAAGGCCCGGCCCGAGGUCACACCAGCUUUAGUCGAGGAUGGACACGACACGGACAAGAGACCAAAGGCACCAAACGGAACCCAAUCUUGAAGGAAAAAUCAUCACUUUUUCUCCAUAGGAAGGAAAAUAUUCAUUCAAAAAGCUUUUUUUAAAUUAAUAAAGCAAAAACAGGAAUACAGUUUCAUUUUUUCUGUCUGGAAAAAUUUCCGAACCCACUUUUGUACCUCAGGAUUAUGGUGGUGAGCGCUGCGCCUGAACAUCUGGAGGAGCACAAUGCUUAAAUGUAAAGUUGUGGGUUUGUUCUUCGCACGGCUGCUGCUGCUACAGGAUGGGAUCAGGGCAUCUCCACCCGAGGACCACGCCGCCUCCCUCCCUUGCAGCAUCUCCGUGUCUGAGGUCGUUUCCGGUCUGGAUUCGGUUUCUGUGAGCGUGAGCACCGCCGGACUGAACUGCUCCUUCAACCUAACGGAGUCCAGAGGAGACGGUGCAGAGUGUCUAAAAAUACAGGAAGCGGAGGAGGAGGUGGAGGGGAGAAGAAACCAGACAAGUGGAAGCAGGAGCAGCAGGAACAUGUUCCUCUGCGUUCUAGAUCACCUGGAGCCUGGAACCUCCUACCGGCUGCAGGUUGAGUCGCAGACGGACGCCGAGUCGGCAAACGUCACCGUGAACACCAGACCGUCUCCUGUGGUGGGCCUGGCCGUGACCUCCAGGACCUGCACCAGCCUGGACCUGGGCUGGCAGGCCGGUCCAGGUCGGACGCAGCGCUUCAGACUGCAGCUGUGGGAGGGUUCAGCAAGUCCGGAUCAGUCCAAUCUGCUGAGAAACGAGGUGUUGGAAAGCACUGCCACACAGCACACGCUGUCACAGCUGACGCCUGGGCGCCGGUACAACGUCACCAUGGUGACGGAGGCGGGAUGGACGCAGAGCAGCAGCAGCAGCAUCGAAGCACAGACAGUGCCCUCUGCGGUUUCCAACAUCACUGCAGUUAGCAUCAACAGCACCAGCCUCUGGUUGUCAUGGCAGCAGCCCAAAGGCGACGUGGACGAGCUCAUCGUCCUCGUCUCUUCCAGCAGCGCAAACAUCUGGGAAAAAACUCUGCAUCCAAAUGCCGUGGCUGUCUCCGUCGACCAGCUGACCCCCGGCUCGGCCUAUCAGGUCGUAGUGAAGUCCAGGAGUGGCAGCCUGACAAACCAAUCAGAAAUUAGAAUCACAAAAGCUCCAGCGACAGCGUCCCUCCUCUCCUUGUCCCCGUCCUCCUCCGGCGGCCUCGUCCUCACCUGGCUGCCUCCUGUUGGUCACUGGGAGAACUACAGCCUUUCACUGUCCGACGGCUCCCAGCAGAUAUUUAGCACCUUUCUGGACAAGGGGGCGGUGAACUACAGCUUCCCUGGGACAAAGCUAAUUCCUGGAAGGUCGUAUAGAGCUGUGCUGACGGUGGAGAGCGGAGGACUGACGGCCGAAAGCAGCUGUGACGGACUCACAGCUCCCGCUGCGCCAUUGGACCUCCACAUUCGCCACUAUGAUGAGUCCUCGCUCAGCGCCAUGUGGAGCCACGCCCCCUCCGGCUCACGCGACGGUUACCUGCUCACCAUUCGUCAUGGUAUGGUUACCGUGGAUACCAGGGAGGUGGAUCCUAACAUGAGAGAGUGCACCUUCAAUGUGCUGGUACCUGGGAGGUUGUACAACAUCACUGUGGCGACCAGGAGCGGGAAUCUGAGCGCCUCUGCGUGGGUGGAGGGCAGAACGGUCCCGAUGGAGUUACGGACCAUCAACCUUAGGAGCUCAGGGGUCGAUAGCCUUCAGGCUUCCUGGGAAAAACCUCCAGGUGACGUGGACUCCUUCAACCUGAUCCUGCUGCAGGACAGCUCUAUGCUCCAGAACCACAGCGUUCCAGCUUCUUCAUCAUCUCUGCUGCUGACUGGACUGACGCCUGGCGCCCUCUACAGGCUGCAGGCAGCCUCCGUCAGCGGGGAGCUGCACUCCAAACCCGCUGGCCUGGAGGCUCGGACAGCUCCAGCGUCCGUCUCUGACGUGACUGUUUCUAACAGAGGAAGGUCAGAUGCUCUCCAGGUGUCGUGGCAUCCAGCGGUCGGCCUGGUCAACAGCUACCUCGUCAGGCUUAAAGACGGACAGCGCGGCAUGCACAUCCUCGCCGUGUCUAGCUCCUCGCCGCCCGAGUGCUCUUUCAGCUCGCUGGUCGCCGGGCGCCUGUACUCUGUGGUCAUAGUGACGAGAAGUGGCAGCUUGGAAAACACUACGGUGGUGAAGGCUCGAACACAACCUGCGACUGUGCAGAACCCAACAGCGGUCCACUCGGCCAGAGAAGACUACCUGAAGGUGUACUGGCGCCACGCGGCUGGAGAUCUGGAUCAUUACGUGGUUCUGAUCCACUACAACCACAGCAUGCUGCAGAACAAGAGCGUCUCAGCUGGACACAACGAGUGCGCCUUUUCAUCGCUGACGCCGGGGAGACUUUACAGCGUAACCGUGGAAACCUGGAGCGGAGACUUCGUCAGCAGCAUCUCCACGGACGGUCGAACUCUCCCAGCAGCUGUAGGCAACCUGUCGCUAGGCAACGCAGGAACGACUUAUCUGAAUGUUACCUGGAGCCCCGCCCCCGGAGACGUGGAUCACUAUGAGGUCACGCUGCUCUUCAAUGACACGCGGGUUUUCCCCCCCAUCACGCUGGGCAGGGAGCUGCGGCAUCACCUGCUCACCGCUCUCACGCCGGGCCGCCUUUAUAAGGUGGUGGUGUCCACGUUCAGCGGGCCGCAUCAGACGGCGCAGUUUACUGAGGGACGAACAGUUCCCAGCUCUGUACAGAACCUGCAAAUGGUUCCCCAGCCUGGUCGCUCGGACUCUGUCGCGGGGCUGUUGGUGUCCUGGACGCCCGGAGGGGGAGAUCUAGACGUGUACUUGGUGACUCUGUCAAACCAGGAUGGCGCCUCCAUCGACAUCCGCCCCGUCCCCAAAUACGUCUCCACUCUGGACUAUUUAGAACUGAUCCCAGGCCAGGUGUACAGCGUCACUGUCCAAUCACGCAGUGGGAAACUGACCAAUGACAGCUCUAGGUCGGGCCGAACAGCUCCAGCCGGAGUCACGGCGCUGCAGGCCGACAACGGCCACACCGCGCACAGCCUGACGGUCAGCUGGGAGCGGCCGGUGGGCGUGUUCGACUCCUACACCCUGCACCUUUUGGAUGAAGCUGGCGUCACUCUGAUCAAUCAGUCGAUCUCAGCAGAGAAACGCAGCAAACAGCUGGAGGGUCUGACCUCUGGGAAGUGGUACCGCGUGACGGUGGUGACACUGAGCGGCGGCGUCCCGUCACUGAACGCUGCUGUGGCAGAAGGGCAGACACGUCCGGCUGCUGUGAGCAACCUGACCGUCACAGCGGUCAACACCUCAUCGCUCAGCUUCUCGUGGCGACCCUCCGCCGGCCUCGUCGACCUCUACGACCUGUCGCUCUUCAGCGUCUUGGAGUCGACUGGCAGCCAAAGGCCUGCAGAGGGCAGGAAGGAGCAUCAGCAGGCUGCAGGGGAGCUGCUGGACCUGCAGAAGGUCAGUCCGGCUGUGCACAGCUGCGUCUUCUCCGGUCUGCAAGCGGGAAGUCUGUACAGACUGCAGGUGGUGAGCUGGAGCCGCCGCAUGAGCAGCGACUCAUCGGUGCUCGCCAGAACAGUCCCAUCUCCGGUUUCGUCUCUUCAGAUUCAAAGUUCAAAACAGACGGACAGACUGACGGUUGUCUGGCAGCCGGGCGGCGGCAGCUGGAGCAGCUACCAGGUGGUUCUGUACGACGCCUAUGGCGCCACUUUGGGAGCUCAGAUGCUGGGGGCGGAGCACAGAAGCCAACCCUUCUCUGGGCUGAUCCCUGGUAGGCUGUAUCGUGCUGAGGUCAUCACACACAGCGGAGAUAUGACCAAUAACGUCUCAGCCUUUGGACGCACGAGUCCAGAACCACCCACCCACCUGUCAGUCAAACAAGGCCCAACCAAUGACACGAUUGAGCUGUCGUGGGCGGGUCCGCUCGCUGGAGACUUCACAGACUUCAGUCUUCAGUGGGAGCCUCCAGAACAGCUGAGGGUCUCAAAGAGCCAUCCGACCGGCAGCACUGUAGGCGGGAUGUUUCCAGGCCGACAGUACAACUUUACCCUGAUGACGGUCAGUGGGGGCGGGGCCAAAGGCAGUCCCAUCGCCAUGAGUCAACCAAUCCAGAGGAGCAUAAGAACAAGUCCGACUCCUCUAAAGUCCCUCCACUGCUUCCCUCUCUCCUCCUCCUCCCUCUCCUGCUCCUGGACUCCUCCCACCGCUGACUUUGACUCCUAUGAGGUCGAGAGUCGUCGCUACGAUGACGGUUACCUGGUGUCGGCCCUGAGGCUGGCAGGGGGCGUCACCGCGGUAACGCUGGGAAACCUGGAGGCCUUCAGGAAAUACUCUGUGACGAUCAGAGUUUCUUCGGCCGGGCAGACGAGCCCACCGACGACGCACACCACCGUCACCAUGAUUGACCGUCCUCCGGUCCCGCCCCCCACCGUGCGCGUCAACGAAAGGUCGUCCAAAGUGACGUCAUCCUCCAUCUUGUUCCGCUUCAACUGCUCCUGGUUCAGCGACUCCAACGGAGCCAUCCGAUACUUUGCCGUGAUUGUGGCCGAGUCCGAGACCACAGAAUUGGUGCAGCCGGAGCAGCGCCACCCUCUGCCCUCCUACCGCCACUACAUCAGCAACUCCUCCAUCAGAGCGUAUCAGACCUCCUUUUUUCAGAGCCGCUGUCCGCAGGACGCCGACUCCACAGCUGGACAGGUGGUGGAGUUACACUUGGGUGCAGGAGGGGACCGGCUGGGCGGAGCCUGUGAUCAUUACGAGGACGACCUCUACCUGAGCGACAGCUACGGUGAAUUCUGCGACGGUCCGCUAAGACCAAAGACCUCCUACAGGUUGAGCGUGCGAGCCUUCACCAAACUGUUUGACGAGAACCACAGGGAGGUCGGCGAGCCGCUCUUCUCGGACACAUACCUGUCCACGCCUCUGAAGACUCACGCCGAGCCUCUAGGUGGCGUGGUGGAGGGCUUGAGCGCUGGAAUGUUCCUCAUCGGGAUGAUGGUGGCCGUCGUGUCUCUGCUGGUUUACCGGCAAAGGCUCCGCAAAGUGGCUGUGCAGGAGAACCCGGUGGUGAGGAUGAGCAUGUGGAAAGAGGUUCCUGCCUCAGGACUGUACAUGGGCGUGAGGAGUAACCGGCGCGUCACCAGCCCCAUCAAAGCCUGCCACUUCGAGUCCCACCUGGCCAAGCUGCAAGCCGACUCCAACUACUUGCUGUCUGAGGAGUUUGAGGAUCUGAAGGACGUGGGUCGGAACCAGACGAUGGACGUGGCCAGGCUGCCGGAGAACCGCGGAAAGAACCGCUACAACAACAUCCUGCCGUACGAUUCCACCAGGUUAAAGCUGUCCUACCUGGAAGACGACCCCUGCUCUGACUUCAUCAACGCCAGCUACAUACCUGGGAACAACUACCGCAGGGAGUACAUCGCCACCCAAGGGCCGCUGCCUGGCACCAAAGACGAUUUCUGGCGGAUGGUGUGGGAGCACAAUGUCUACAACAUCGUCAUGGUGACGCAGUGUGUGGAGAAAGGACGGGUCAAGUGUGAUCAGUACUGGCCUGCAGACACAGAGCCGCUGUACUACGGUGACCUGGUCAUCCAGAUGCUGUCGGAGUCCGUCCUGCCCGAGUGGACCAUCCGAGAAUUCAAGGUCAUCUCGGUACGCAGGCUGAAGGAGAGCAGCUGCAGUUACCCUCGGAUGCUGCGUCACUUCCACUACACCGUGUGGCCAGAUCACGGAGUCCCAGAGACCACUCAGUCUCUGAUCCAGUUCGUCAGAACCGUUCGGGACUAUGUGGACCGAUCACCAAGUACUGGAGCUACCGUGGUGCAUUGCAGUGCUGGAGUGGGGCGCACAGGAACCUUCAUUGCCUUGGACCGCGUUCUGCAGCAGCUGGACUCCAAAGGAACCAUUGACCUUUAUGGCAUCGUGUUUGAUCUACGGCUGCACCGGCAGCACAUGGUGCAGACUGAGUGUCAGUACGCCUUCCUGCAUCAGUGCGUCCGGGAUGUCCUGAGAGCCCGCAAGCAUCGCAGCGAGCAGGAGAACCCUCUGUACCCCAUCUACGAGAACUUCAACCCCCAGUUGUGCCGCGAUGUAAUGUUUUCUGGACGCUGAAGAGGCCUGACCUUCAUCUGAUGCAACUCUACUUUUCAGACGUUUAGUGACAGCAGCUCUAACUUUCAUCAAACUUCCUGAGUGAGCAGAAAUCCUUAAGGCCUUAGAUUUACACAAAUCUGUUGCACUGCAGACAUCCUCACGGCCACUCGAUUGAUGCUGAACAGAUAAUAGAAAAGUCAGGAACAUAAAUCAGGAACAUAAAUCAGCCAAAGGAACUGAGGAACCGAUAACCAAAGCUGUUCCUGCAAUCAAAGAUUUCAAGUAUUUUUCUAAGGAAUAAAGAGUUGAUUGUACCCAGAGAUCUCUGUCCUUGUCCACACCUAAUCAGUCUGCUGCUCAGAUCAAUGCAGCACAGAUACAGAUUUUUUCCUUCAGGAUUGUUCUCAUUUGUUUGCAUUCUGGGCCAGAAAUGUCUAACUUUGUUGUGUUUUUUUUUUAACAGAUAAAACAAACUGCAUUAAGUAUCCAUUAAUCUAAGGCCUAAGAACCUAAAGAUUCCCAAAGAACCCAAAUAGAGCAAUUUUGUGCUCCCAGUUUAACUGGGAAUACAUUGAAAUUAAAGUUGGAGUUGAGAUCAUUGUGGUGUUUUUGCAAUACUUUUCUCAACCAGUCAGCAGAAACUUCAUAUAAACCCCCAAAAAAACUUUUUCAGAAGCACUGGCUUAGUUUUUUUCUGCACAUUUAGAAAGAAAAAAACCUCAACCUGACAGUGAAGAGACAAGGUUUUGUUGGAUUUCAUGGAUCUCUAACCUGUUUUUCUGAUUGUAGCAUCUUCUCCCCUCAGUUUGUUCUCACUUCAACAUAUAAGCUGAUUAUUUAAAGUGACACACAGUGCUGUAUGUAAAUAUAGAUUUAAUACACUUUUGCAUUACAACAAAUGUAUGUCUGUCAGGUAUGUUAAUGCUGUUUUAUUUCCUGUUUUAGUUGAAAAUUCCUACUUUGUAAAAGUUGAAAGACUAAAAGCUUUGUUGUAAUUUUCCUAAACUGUAAGGUUUAGAGCACAUAUUUAUCUAUGUCACCUCGUGAUUUUGGAUUUGAACUCAUUUUGAAAGACUAAAAACUUUAUAUCAGCUUCUGAUUAGUUUGGACUGAAAACUAGCUUUUUAGAAGUUUAAAUAUUUGUUUUUACUGUUAUUUAAAUUAAUUAAAAGCUGUAAAAAAAAAAUUUAAUUCACAACCUUCAGCCCUGACUUUAUUUUCUAUCAUCAGGCCCUCAAACUGUUUUUAAAUCUGCUGUCAAUCUGCAAAGUGGAAAAUAAAGUUUAAUUUGGAAUUUACCGUCGUGCUCCGACUCUUGCUGAUUUAAAAAAUAAACCCCAAAAGAUUAUCAGAGGUAUGAUUUAAACAAAGAAAAGAAAAGAGGUCAUAAAAUAGAUAUUAAACUCACAUAUUAGCCCAGACUGCAGGAGCACACUGAGCAUGUGCAGACUGAACACAUCCUGAUUGGAUCAAAUAGACAGUUUCUGUCCAACUCUGAUGGUGGCGCUAACUACACAAGAUAUAAGCUUGAUUGCAAGUUGACAAAGACUGUUUGCAGAGUUAACAAAGUUUUAAGAUACCUUAAUCUGAUUUAUUUUUUAAGACAUGGAUCCAUCACCAUAAUGUCAGUCUAUGUCAGACUAUAAUGAAGGAAGCUUCCAUCGUUCUUUGUUUAAAUUACUUCCAUUGACAACACUGGCCAGCGCCACCUUCAGUCCAAAGAAAAUCCAAUCCUACAUCAAAUUAAUUCCGAAGAGAAAAUUGAACUUAAGGUUGAUGAAGAAUUCUAAGGCAAAAAAAAGCUGUUCUCCACAUUUGGAAAAAAGGAGGCGAGGAUCAACCAAAAUGAGCCAUGAACACGAGGAGGCCUCAUUCUGGAGGUCCUCAAAGAUGCAACAGACAAGGAGAGUUCAAAGAAGAAGACAUUUUCAUUAGGCGAGGAGCCCGACUCUGCAGCAGGUCCACCUCUGAAUGGACCCACAUAAAGGUUCAGAGUCUAGAUUCAUGAGCAAACGUUUGGACUAAACAACAACAGGCUUCACCAGAAUUUUGGCCUAAAGGCAGAAAAGGUUUUCUAACCAAUAGAAACCAUUUCAAUAGCGAAUAAGCAACAGAAGAAAAAAGCUGCAGGAGCCUUUAUUGUGCUCUACAGUUCAUGUUUUACUGAAACCGAUAAAAAGAUUAGAUGAACAAAAAUUUUAAAAAGAAGAAACUGAGAUGCUCGUGAUAAUGUAGACAGCAAAAGAUACUGUGUGAUGUAGAACAGUAAGGGAAACUAGAGAAAAACAGCUUAAA